ACGUAUGCGCAUGCGUUGAGUUCCUUUACAUCCAAAACAACACGCGUGCUGUUCCAAGAUGUCCGCGCCUAUUGAAAUAGUUCUGAGUACCGAUUCCGCUGGACAGCUAUGGAACUGUGCCGUUCUGGAACUCCAUUCUGGUGCAAAUCUCUUGGCCUAUCGAGGUGGCAAUACUUCUUCGAGGUCACUCACAGUUUUGAAUGGAGAGUACAUCCUCGGAGCCCAACUCGGGAAAAACUUCAUCAACGUGUGGGAAAUCCAGAGAAAGGAUCAGCUGCAGCAGAAAAUUGUGUGCCCUGGGAUUGUGACAUGCCUGACUGCAUCCCCCAAUGGCCUGUACUUGGUGGCAGGCAUUGCUGAUGCCAUCUACUUAUGGGAGGUUUCCUCUGGGAAUUUGCUGGCCAUCUUGAGCCGCCAUUACCAAGACCUGACCUGCCUGCGCUUCAGUGACGACAGCAGCCAUUUCAUCUCAGGAGGCAAAGACAACCUGGCACUGGUCUGGAGUCUAGCCAGUGUGGUGCAGCUGGACCCGUCACACACCCCUGAGCCUCGUCAUGUCCUGUCCCGUCACUCUCUCCCCAUCACCGACAUCCACUGUGGCCUGAUGGGACCCCAGGCUCGAGUAGCUACUGCAUCCCUGGACCAGACAGUCAAGCUAUGGGAGCUAUCCUCUGGCGAGAUGCUCCUGUCUGUUCUUUUUGACGUGGGCAUCAUGUCAGUGACCCUUGACCCCUGCGAGUACUACCUCUUCUGCGGUGGCAGUGACGGCGGUAUAUUUCAGGUGUCCCUCUGUAGCCAGAGCUUAAGUCGGGAUAAGACGUUCCAGUCGGACAACGAGGGCAACCAGGUUUUUAAAGGACACAGGAACCUAGUGACAUGUCUGUCUGUCUCUAUGGAUGGCACUCUCCUCCUCUCGGGCUCCCACGAUGAGACCAUACGACUGUGGGACAUCCAGAGCAAGCAGAGCAUUCGCAGCAUCAACAACAAAGGUCCAGUCACAAAUGCCCUCAUCAUCCCUGCCCCUGCCAACAUGUUCCUGCCUGACAGCCGCCCGGGCAUCCUCCUGCCCCGCUUCAGCCGCCACCUCAACCCCUCAGAACAGGGCGAGGGCGUGGAGACCGGAGGAGUGUGCCUGCGCCUGGCCCCCCACACCCAGGCCCAGAAGGAGACCUAUUUGGAGAAAGCAGACAAACUCUACUCCAUCAUGAGUGCCGUAACAGACAAGAGUGUGUUUGGUGAUGGUGAGAACACCAAGGUGCGUGUGUCGGAGCUGGAGGAGGAAGUGAGAACGCUGAAGAAGGUUAACAAGGACCUGUACGACUUCUCCACACAGCUCCUCACCAAGCCCAGCUAGAGAAGAGCCACCACCCCUGGACACGGCUCCCCCAUCCCACCAGCAGGGACCCUACUAGGGGGAGGGAAGACACUGCAAGCCCCCCUCAAUACAGACCGGUAGGCUAGGGAAAUAUAAGUUAGUGUGUGUCAUUCAUAGUGUUUUUUUUUUGUAAGGGAGAGUGUACGUUCAGCAGGACUCCAGGUGUAAAAGUUGUACCAUGGACCGUAUUGCCUGUAUCAUGAUCCCUCGGCAUAUUUUGGAUAAAGGGUUUAAUUUAAUAUGAAGAAAACGUGCUCACCUUGUUUGUGCGACAUGUUCAAUGUUAGCCACAGGCUACUUGCAGUAGUCUAGUGCAGCCAGAUUGAGCCACAUAAUUGAUCUUAGUGCUUUAUUGACGUCCCUUGACCUCCUCAACUCACAGCCCUGUUCCUUCACACUCAUCACCACUGCCUAUAAGGCCAAAAAUUCCAUCAGCCAAAAAUCGGUGUAACAGGAUCCAGUUAUUGCCCUCUGACCUUUCAUCCUGUUUGUAAUCUGGCUAACCAUCUCAGAUUCCUGCAUUAUCCUCUCCUGUUUUUUUGUUGUUUUUUUUGCCUCGGCUUUGCCACGUUCUAUAACGUUCAACCAGUUAAUAGAUUAGAAGGAUUUGUGCGACAAGGACAUGAUGUGCACCCAGGUGUGUUUGGCUUAGCAUCAAUGAGGCUGGUGUUAAUUUCAGUCGCAAAAUGGGUAUGACCACCAUGGUUCAUAGGUCCCCUUCACCUUCUCUCAAGCAAAACUGUUUUCCCAUUAGCAAUAUGCACAUAUUCUGUGUUAACCUGUUUGGCUAAAAACAGCUCAAGGCAGGAAUAUCUCUAAGAAAAUGGUGGUGUUUAAAAAAAAAAAAAUACGGAAGAGUAGAUGAAUAUGUUUGAUUAACCCUGAGGUUACUAGCCUGAAGACUGUGUACAGUUUUUCCGUGCCUGUAGAAAACAUGGAUUUGGUUGUGCAGUGCCCAGCAACGCUAUAUAAUUGCAGAAUCAGUUUUCAGAAUCCUCCAGAAAUGGCUCUUCCUCUCAUCACUGCUAAUUCUCCACCCGGGGCACUAAGUUAGAGGCAGCGACAUAGAAAUAGCGGUUGAUUUUGGUCUUUUUCUCAUUCGCCCGCUUUGAUGAGAUCAGAAAAAUGCAUGUGCCUCUUCGGUAGAGAAGAGGGAACUGAUAAGGACAGCAGCCCUCCUGUGCAGAGAGAGCCAUGGCUUUAGAACAGGGAUUGGCAUCUCUCCUUUUUGUAGGCCCGUAGUUUUAAAAAUAAUCUCAGUUGGGGUCUCAAUUUACUGUUAAGAGUCACACUAGUAGAAUACAUAAAGUGCAAUUUCAAAAUGUGGUUUUACAUCAGCAGUUUUCCUCUUGUUAUAUCAGUCACUGACAGUCAUACAAUUAGCCUAUGUCAGCUAACAUUUUUCAGAUUGGUAAAUUAGUCUAUUAGCUAUAUAAAUGUGUUCUAAUCAUAGUUGAUUUAACAACCGGGGGGCCCCCCUUUGAUUUUGUUAGUCAUUCUAACUCAGAUAUCAUAUUAAAAACUGCAAACAUUUGUAUAGCAACUAUGGCAAUGUGUAGAAUUGCAGGAAAUUAGCUGUAAAACGGCCAAUUUUUCUCUGCUCUAUGGCAAAAUUAAUAGAAUUGCAUAACAUUGGGAAAUAAUUGCUACGCCCCACGGCAAAAUGUGUAGAAUUGCAGGAAAUGAACUCUAAAACUUCAAUGUUUUGUCUCCGCUGUCAAAAUAUUUUGAUUGCAAAGUAGGCAGGGAGGGACCCUGAACACAAUUCCACUUAGGGCUCCCAAAAGGCUAGGGCCGGCUCUGACUGCAUGUGUGGGUAUGGAUGUGGGUACACAGACCCACGAGCCACUGCGGCCUCUCAUGGUGAGUUCAGAUUUUUUGGGGGCCCCCACCCCCAUCAAAGUUGCCCAUCCCUGCUUUAGAACUUCUGCCUCUGUUCACAGAGGAGAGUGACUUACACGAAACCCAACAUUGAACCCAAUUAACUCACCGUUGGGGGGGCAGGCCAGUGAGAUGGAGCUUCUGAGGGUUGAAAGAGUGACGUGUUCAGUGUGGGGGAUUGUUUUGUUCCUCUAAUAAAGACAAAAAGACCAACUGGGUUUGUACUUUUUUUGUGUUUUUGUAUGCAUGUGUUCUGUAUUCACCAGAAUAAGUGUUUUUGUACCUUUCUGAAAUUAUGGGAAAUAAAAACAAAAUAUGCACA